ACUUCACGGUUACCGUGUGACCCAGGAGGGCAAUGGCCUGUGUCUAGUCUCCGCUGGCCCCUGCUUGGUGAUGAAGAACAUUUCAAGUGUUGGGUGCCUGGCAUUACACAGAUAAAGGAGGCAGAGUCCUUGAGCUUUGGAGCAUUUGUAAUUCAGAAGUGAAGGCAGAUGCCAACACAUGUAGUACAAGAACUGUUUGAAAGGAAGAGUCAUCGAAGUGCCUAGACAAAUUUACCACGAAAGAUGAAUUUUUUGAUGGCAAGAGUGAAAUAGUGAAAGGAGCCUCUUGUGGAAUACUUUAAAAUCCGAAAGAACCCCAAAAGCAGAAUGGUCAUUUUUCUAACACAGCUCUGCAUUUGAAGCCUGAAAACUCAGCGUACUUAAUUGUUUAGGUCAAGCGGUCCCUUGUUUCCGUCAUAAAGAAAGGGAUAAAGAAGAAACAGAGGACUUCUGCUUUCCAAUGACUUACAUCAUCGUGCAGACAGUUGGCAGCUAAUAGAGGGACAGCUGCCACACUCUUCAGAUAUCUCUCUAUUUAAAGUUCAAAGAGACACUGGAUAACAAUAAGGAAGAGGUAAUUGUGGUCCUUAUCAAGCCGCUCAACAAGAAGAAUAAUGGCUGAAAAAGCAGAGCACACACUGUCACACCUCAUGGUUCCGGUCCUUCUCUUGAUUGGCUGGAUUGUGGGCUGCAUCAUAGUGGUUUAUGUCGUCUUCUCUUGAAAAGGAAAGAAGACUUCAGAUUUACAUCAUCUAAAAGAAUUAAGAAAAAUAAAAGCAUAACUGAUUAUUGAAUGUUUACUGUGUUAGAGAAAUGUUUG